CAAUAAGAGGAAGCUGAGACGCCCUCCAAGUCAUUUUUUGCCUCUUUUUGGAAAAAAAAAAUAAUAAGUACAUUAUAGUUACACAUUAUUAUUUUUCAUAGAAAACAAAAGGGACCGAAGCAGCAAUUUUCUGGGUAGAGAAGGAAAGGUUGCUGUUGAAAGGAUCUAUAGAUAUAAAGGAAAGAACUCUUGCUGAAAGGCUACAGAGCACAAGCGAGGAGAGAGUGGGAGACUCCUCGGCUGAUUAGCAUUCACAGCAGGUUACAUCAGUUGCAAGGGGAUGACUGAGCACAUUCACAAUAUCAGCAUUCAUAAUUUCAGUAAGUCUAUUCUCCAGACCCUCAACGAGCAGCGCAACCGUGGUCAGUUCUGCGACGUGACCAUUCGGAUCCACGGGAGCAUGCUUCGGGCCCAUCGCUGUGUGCUGGCUGCAGGCAGCCCCUUUUUCCAGGACAAGCUGCUCUUGGGCUACAGUGACAUUGAGAUCCCAUCAGUGGUAUCGGUCCAGUCCAUUCAGAGAUUGAUUGACUUCAUGUACAGUGGACUGCUUCAUGUUUCCCAAUCAGAGGCUCUUCAGAUCUUAACUGCUGCAAGCAUAUUGCAGAUUAAGUCUGCUAUUGAUGAGUGCACUCGUAUUGUUUCACAAAACGUGAGCUCUAGAGAGAUCAAGAGCAUCCCGCUGAAUUCCAAGGACUCAGAUCUGAACACCUACAAAGGCACAUUAGAGUCUGAAACAUUCAGCCCCAACAGCGACACAGAUUCCAUCUCUAUGCAGCUUCACAUACAUGACACUCUAGAACACAAUUUUGCUUGCUCCAACCUCUUGUUGCAGAACAGUCCCAAGGAAGACUAUGAGGGCAAUGAUGUCUCCAUUAGUUCCAAAGAACACGACAACAACAAUCACACCAAUGUGGGGGUGCAAAAAUAUGAAAAGUUUCUUUCCAAUUCAGAGACUAUCCAUUGCCGAAAACAACCGCGGCCAGUUCGCAUACAAACGGCAGGUAUUCACAGUUUGCAGGAGACCCAGGGAUAUAACCGACAUCAUUCCAAAGAGUGUGAGGAGUGUACUGAGGAUUUAGAUAAAACAGAUAGUCAGCCCAAAGGGGACAGCUUUGAUUUAGAUUUCAGUUCAUCCAUCUGCACUGAAAAUAUGCCCGUUGAGUAUUGCUCUUCAAAUGGAUUUCAUCAGGUAGGAAGGACAGAAGGUUUGCCAUCAAAUGUUCUCUGGGAGUAUCCACUGCAUCCUGAAGUCAGGACAACAUCACCAAAGCAAAUGAAUGAUAGUGAGGACACAACUAAGUCUCAGGAUGAAGGUGCCAUUAUUCAGCUGGAUGAAAAAAUAGAUUCACAACUCCCUUGUAAUAUUACUGUAUUACAAUCAAUAUCUGAUGCUGCACAUCAGCAUUUUGCUCAGAAAAAUGUGAAGAUGCCAACAAACCUUACCAGUAACUCAGAGGUUAUUGGCACAGCGGACAAAAGCUACCAACCCACUGUGUUUUGCACAAAGUCAACCAGCAGUGACAAACCCUUCUUUUUUAAACUGUCACAACCUCUAAUGGGUCAGAAGCCUCAUUUUGUGGCUGUGCCACAUUCCAGCAUACCCCAAUUUUCUGCUCAGUUUUUGGGACAGCAGUCCUCAACACAGCCUAAAGUGGGACAUUCUGGAGAAGGCGCCGGAAAGGGGGAAAAAAGACCCUAUGCGUGUCUUCUCUGCAACAAGACUUUUACUGCCAAACAGAAUCAUGUGAAGCACAUGUUUGUGCACACUGGAGAGAAGCCACACCAAUGCAACAUUUGCUGGCGCUCAUUUUCCCUGAAGGAUUAUUUAAUAAAGCAUAUGGUGACACAUACAGGAGUCCGAGCUUACCAGUGUAGUACCUGCAACAAGCGUUUCACUCAGAAGAGCUCCCUCAACGUCCACAUGCGCCUGCAUCACAAAGAGAAGUCUUUUGAGUGUUUUGUCUGUAGGAAGAAAUUCUCCCAUGAGACUCUGCUGGGGAGGCACAUGUGUUUGCAUGGCCCAGGUGCCAGUUUGGUUACUCGAGUAGGCAAAGGACCAGCCUCUGAUCCAGUUCCCGUUACUGUUCCUGAACCUGGUGCUGGCAUGGUGGCUCCUGCCAUUCCUUUGACUGGGGGAGCUGGAGCUGAAGAUGGAGCAGAACCUUGCAUGGAGAUGGGUGAGGCGGCUGAGGGGGGUUGCCAAGAUGAAACAGCCGUCACGUGCUCCGUCUGCUUAGCCACAUUCAGUCAAACUGAGGAUUUCCAUGAGCACAUGCAGAUGCAUAUCUCAGAAGGACUGCCACAUCAUGAAUUACAAACCUUUCGCAAACAAAAAUGAACUGUUUUCCACAGGUUGCCUUUUAUCUACUUGUCUAAAAUCCCUUAGACACAGACCAAAUAUGAUCCAUAAAAGUCAACAUUCAAUUUUGGAACAGUUAGAAACAAAACACAAAUAUGCACUGCUCCAACAAAAAGAGAGAACUCUCAAAAAAUCAACCAGCAAACUGUCAAUUCAGUGAAAAAUACUGCCUAAGUAACCAGCAAAUUUGCAUACAAAUACAUGCAGGAUACACAUAUAUUUUUGCAAAUGUGUCCUGUUAAUGCAUAUAUUUAGUUCAUGAAAAUGUAAGUUCAUUGUGUAUAUGAACCGAUCUUGACAGCUGCCAGUACAUUUUGCAUUUUCAACUUGGGGAAAUGUACAACUGUUAAAGAUCUUGAAUAACUGAUACUAGUGGAGACUGCAAUGCAAUAGUAUAUAGGGAUCUAUUUUAAGACCAUCAUUUAAUCAUUUAAUGUAAUGUCUGAUGAUCCUCAGGAGCAAGAACAUCCAGCAAGUGGCCGGUCUGUGGGCAGAAAUGCCCUGCUGAUGAGAGAUGUCAGAGGAGAAUAGUCAAAAUGUUUCAAGCUGACAGGAAGGUACUCAAAUAACCACACUUUAUAACAGUGGCAAACAAAAAGCAUCGCUGAAUGCACAACCUUGAGGUGGAUGGGUUACAAGAGUAGAAGGCCACAUUUGGUUUCACUCCUGUCAGCUAAAAACAAUACAAUGGACACAGGCUCUCCAAAACUGAACAGCUGUAGAUUAAGAAAGCAUUGCCUGGUCUGAUGAAUCUUGAUUUCUGCACUAUCAAGCAGACAGCAGCUCCAGAAUGUGGCAUAAACAGCAUUCAUCCAUGAACAAGACCUGCCUUGUGUCAACAGUUCAGGAUUGUGGUGGUGUAAUAAUGUGGGGAAUGUUUCCUUGGUACAUCAUCGAGCCCUUUAACACCAAUCCCAUUAUUUAAAUGCCACAAUCUAUCUGAGUAUUGCUGUUGGGCAUGGGCAUCCCUUUAUGGCCACGAUUUACCAAUAGUCCACUUACUGCAAGGUAAUACGCCAUAUCACAAAGCACACGUCAUCUCAGACUGGUUCCAUGAACGUGUCAAUAAGUUCAUUGUAUUUCAAUGGCCGAGCCAGUCACCAGAAAUGAAUCCAAUGGAGCACCUUUGGGAUGUUGUGGGAUGGGAGAUUUGCAGCAUCAAUGUGCAGCCGACAAAUCUGCAGCCAUUGCGUAAUGCAAUCAUGUCAGCAUGGACCUGAAUCUCUAAGGGAUAUCCUGGCACCUUAUUGAGUCUGCGCUAUGAACAAUUCAGGCUGCUCUGAGACCUAUAUAUAUAUAUACGUGUUAUUUAGUGACCCUGUUGGUAAGCCACCAUGCACUGGAAGGGGGCGAUCAACACCAGUCAGGCCAUUAGAAGCUUGGCCUCCUUACUGCUGGCAGGCUUCCCUUGCAGGGCUUAAAGUCCACGCUGGGAAGAUGCCAAGGAGGAAAAAGACGGCAGUGAGAUGCAUAUGUGUGUUUACUGCAGGUGGAUGGAAGGAGGACCACCUUGAAGGAACUGCUUCCUUCUACCUGCAAAGGGAAUACCCUAGGAGGACUACCCCAAACAGACUGUCACCUUUUCAUAGACCUUUUCGUAGACCAUCUUUUUGUAGCGGUCCCUCAACGUAAUAAACUUUGCCCUUUGAGGGUCCUUUGUUGGCACCUUUGUCUCCUGAGUCUCCUUGCCCCACAACACUGGUGGAGGAUGUGGGUGAGUGGAGUCACUGCAGCUGAGCAGCAGGACUUCACGUAGUGGAAGGUACUUGGCUAGUUGAUAUGCUGCAGCAAUUACGGCUUAGGUCACCAUACAUGUAUUGAGGGAUCAUUGCCAGCCCCUCUGUGCCAGUUAUGACACUGAAAGGAUGAAGCUACUAGCCGAUCUUUGCCAGUCACUACACUGAACACUAGUUAGGAUGAAGCUGACAUCCUCUCUGUGCCAACUGCCACUCAAUGCCAGUAAGAAGUCGGUAGUUGUGCCAGUCAGCAAGGCCAGCCAGGUUGAAGCUGCUAACUUCAGCAUGGUGUUUGGGUAGGAGGUUGACAGCCUUGUUGGAAUGUUGCCCUGCACUAGAAGGGGCCAAUCAGCACCAUGGAGGCCAACAGGAACCAUGGUUUCUUACUUUUGGCCUCAAGAUGUAUCAAUGGGACAUGACUGGAAACUGAUGCUGAGAAGAAACCAAGGUGGAGAAAAGGGGAUGCAUCUGCACAUUAAAGACCCUCUUAUGUAUAGUGGUCCCUCAUUCAGGAAACAAGCAGCAGCUUUUGUCUGCACCUUUGUCUCCCUGAGUCGUCUUGCCUUAAGAUGAUAUUCAUUUAAUUAUUCAUUGAUCCAUUUAUUCAUCUUCAAUUCAUUUUUCCUGAUGAGGGCCUUGGUGGUAGAGUGCCAAAUUGGUCAGAGCAAUAGUCUUUUUCCAUAGCCAUAGACUCUAGCUGGUUCUGGGGGGGAUUCUCAGAUAUUUACAAGUCAUAUGAUAUAAUCUCUCCAGCAUCUUUACUUGGGUCUCCACUGAAUUCAACAUUCCUGAAAUAAUUCCCUUGGAAGUCAUUUAGAUGGCAAGCUGACGUUACGUAUUCCAGUGGUCAGUAGUGGUACUUUGAGGCACCUCCAGAUGUCUGAAUCCCUCUCUCUGUCAUGCAGAAUGAGCACAGCAAUCCUGCAUAGAAACCAUGUUGUGGCCUUUUCUACAAACUUGUUCUUGUACAUUACCCACAUUCUCAUGAAAACAGGGAUGUAGACUGGUCAAGCACAAACCUUGCCUGAGAACUUAAUACUCACCUAAAGUCACUGAUCCAUCUGUCAAACUUGUAAGAAAGAUCUCAAGGAAAGCAAAAUCCAUUAAGGGCAGCA